AUGAAAAUGCGUGUCUGGAUACUGAUGCUAAUCUUGCUGCUUGCUGCUUCUCUGAGCCUGUGUGAAAUGUAUGACAAUUAUGGGGAGAUCUGUAGGAAUUUGUGCACUUGUGAAGAAAAAGAGGGUAUCCUGACGGUCAGCUGUGAGAACCGGGGCAUCGUAAGACUGUCAGAAAUCAACCCGGUUCACUUCCCUACGUAUCACCUUCUACUGACAGGAAACCUGCUGAAAAAAUUGUCUGUCAAUGAUUUUAUCAACUAUACUGGAGUCACCAUUUUGCAUUUAGGUAACAAUGACAUAUCCGAAGUUGAGACUGGGGCUUUUAAUGGACUCCAGGGAUUAAGGAGGUUGCAUCUAAACAACAACAAAAUAGAUGUUCUUAGGGAUGAUACCUUUACUGGAUUAGAAAACCUGGAAUACCUUCAGAUUGAUUAUAAUUUUAUUAGCAUUAUUGAACCCAGUGCUCUCAGUAGGCUCCACCGCCUGACUGUGCUAAUUUUGAAUGACAACCUCUUGUCAUCGCUGCCUACCAAUAUUUUCCGAAAUGUGCCCUUGACCCACUUGGAUCUCAGGGGCAACCGCUUGAAAAUGUUCCCUUACAUUGGUCUUUUGGAGCACAUGGAUAAAGUCGUGGAAUUACAGUUAGAGGAGAAUCCAUGGAAUUGUUCCUGUGAACUUAUCGCAUUAAAAGCUUGGUUAGAAAGCAUUGCCUACACGGCACUAGUUGGUGAGGUGGUCUGUGAGACUCCAUUCCGGCUCCACGGCCGUGAUCUUGAUGAAGUCUCCAAGCAGGAGCUGUGCCCUCGGAGGGCCAUUUCGGAAUAUGAGAUGCGUCCGCCACCACCUCUCAGCACGAACGGAUAUUUUCAGACGACGCCAGCAGCAGUGACUUCCUCAGCCACAUCCUCAGCAGUGCUGAGGUCCUCAUCCCGACCUACUAAGGGCACUCGGCAGUCCAACAAGACCAAGUCAAAGCCCACUUCUCGCAUCCCAGGCAAUCCCUACAACUAUGGGCCAAUUAUAGCUUUUCAGACCAAAUCUCCUGUGCCUUUGGAUUGCCCUACGGCAUGUACGUGCAACCUUCAGAUCUCUGAUCUUGGGCUCAAUGUCAAUUGCCAGGAACGGAAAAUUGAGAGCAUAUCAGAUCUAAAGCCCAAGCCGUAUAAUCCCAAAAAGAUGUACCUCACUGGGAACUAUAUCCCUGUCGUGCGCCGAUCGGAUUUUGUUGAGGCAGAGGGGUUGGAUUUGUUGCACUUGGGAAACAAUCGGAUAGCACUCAUACAUGAUAGGGCAUUUGGGGAUUUGAUUAACCUGCGCAGGUUGUACUUGAAUGGCAAUUUGAUUGACAGGCUCACUGCAGACAUGUUCUUUGGGCUCCAGAACCUGCAGUAUCUGUAUUUAGAGUACAACAAAAUCCAGGAGGUUGUUGCAGGUACCUUCCGUUUUGUGCCAAACCUUCAGCUGCUUUUCCUAAACAACAAUCUUCUAAAAACCUUGCCAGGAGGCAUCUUUUCUAGUAUGUCACUAUCAAGGCUAAAUCUACGCAACAACCACUUUCAAAACCUGCCUGUGAGUGGAGUUCUAGAUCAGCUCAAGGCUUUGGUGCAAGUUGAUCUCUUUGAAAACCCUUGGGAUUGCACGUGUGAUGUGGUUGGCAUGAAAAUAUGGCUGGAGCAGCUCAACUCUGGCACUGUGGUUAAUGACAUCAUAUGUGCAACUCCAAAGAGACUUGCAGGGCAAGACAUGCGCAGCAUCCUUUCUGAACAACUGUGUCCUGAUUAUUCGGAUAUUGUUGUAUCUACGAUAGCUUUGUCGGAAGCAACUUUGGAAGGAAAGGUAAUCACCACAGAGACCCCCUUGGGCUUCAAUACUCAUUCAAGCACUGUUCCAUUGUCAGUGCUUAUCCUUAGCCUCCUCCUAGUCUUCAUAAUAUCUGUUUUUGUGGCUGCUGGGCUGUUUGUGGUAGUCGUGAAACGGCGAAAAAAAUCACAAAGUGACCGCACCAGCACCAACAACUCGGACGUAAGCUCCUUUAACCUUCAGUAUAGUCUUUAUAGCAAUCGGUCAGUACCCAAAGUCAAACCCCCCGCAGGUCAUGUCUACGAGUACAUCCCCCAUCCUCUUGGGCCUAUGUGCAAAAACCCCAUUUAUAGAUCCAGAGAAGGUACUGCUGUGGAGGAUUAUCCUGAUCUUCAUGAGCUCAAGGUUAGCUACAGAAAUACCAAUGAGGAAGAGCGGGAUCCCACAUCAAGGAGCCCUACGUACACUGUUAGCACUAUUGAACCUCGGGAGGAGCCUUCCACAGCUCAGGAUGCUGAGCAUUUCUUCCGGAGGAUCUUAGAGCCAGAUAAAACUCCAAAUAGUGCUGGAAAUAGGUAUGAUUACAAGUACCCCAGUCCUGGAUCUUACACAUACAACCCAAAUUUUGAUGUACGGCGGCAAUUCUUGCAUCCUGAAGGAAUUAGAGAAACUAUGCUCUAUAGCUCAGCUCCAAGUACUGUCUACGUGGAGCCGAACAGGAAUGAAUAUUUGGAACUAAAGGCAAAACUCCAAAUGGAGCCGGAUUACCUCGAAGUUCUUGAGAAACAGACAACGUUUAGCCAGUUUUAA